AUGUUCGACCCCACCUUCUUGAACGACGGACACGGCAACAACGUCAAUCUGUCCACCCGCACCUCCACCUCCUCAUCCGCGUUACUCAGCUCCGUCCGCACAGAGCGUCUCGCCCGCGAACACGCCCGCCGUCAAGAACUCGCUGCAAUCAGUCUCCAGAAGCACUGGAGAGGUAAGAAGGAUGUUGACAGGCUGAGAGUGCGGAUACUGGAAGACUUGGAGCAGAAUCUGGCGAGCGACGAAGGGCUGAGCGUUGAGAAGGCCGGGAGGGCCAUGGUCGUGAUGCUGAGAAGUCAGGCCACGGAUAGUGACGAGCUGGCGAGGACACGUAGGGCCAUUGGGGGCUGGUGUGAAGCGGGCCUUAAAGAGGACGAUGGGAAGCCGAGGUUGAUACAACCCUUGGUCGGCGAUCCAGAAUGGGGUGUAGUCCUCGGGUCACUCAGCGUCAAGUUUUUGAGAGUGGUAGAACAUCACCCAACAUCCCCUGAAGUGCCGGGCAUAUUAUCAGGCUUGGAAGCCAUCGUCAGCUUGCGGACCUUUGAUGAUCUACCUCAACAUGCGGUGCCAGACUGGUUGGAUAUCGCUCAACGGCAUGGCUGGGUGGAUACGCUUGUAUCAAUUUCGAGGAAGCUGAUCAAGUCAAGCCCGCCCAAGAAGAAGCAUGCACUGCUCUCUCCCGUUAUCCGUCUAAUCGCAGCUCCCCUCCUGAUGUCACGCAAUAUCUCCGAGCUGGCACCUACGAUCACAGCACUUCUCAAUCAGCUCCUGACCAUUCCGAAUCUCCCUGGUUCCCUCCCUCUCCCUGCCCUCACCUUCAUCUCUGGUCACCUUCACAUCUUUGACAUCUUGAUUCCCUUUGCAUCCCACAACCCGCAUAUCUUAUCUGAACAUGGCUUGUCAGAUGAGUCUGGAAAGACGUAUUUUCUGGCCAACCUCGCCACAUUCGGUAUAUCGGGACAGUUGUUGUCACAAAGUGGUAUCGUUGGCGCUUGUGCCUGGAUGAGCGUUGUCGGUGUAGUACUGAGCGGAGUCAAAGAAGGCUGGGGUAAAUGGGUUGAAGGGAUCGAAGAAGACGAGGAUGUAGUCAUGGCGGUUGUGGAAGAGGACAGUGAUGACGAUGAACAAGGCGGAGCUACAGCAGCUCCUCGCAAACCGACUCGACCUCGACGAGCAGUCCUUCCACAGAAUAUUCGGUCAAAGCUGGUCCAUUUAUCGACGCCAUCCCAUAUGGCAGUUCUCUCGCAAUACGUAUUGUCUCCGCCGCGCAAUGCCCCGCCAACACUGCUCGAAGACUUUUCGUCAUUUUGCAUCGGCCUGUUGAGUGCGUCGAGGGGUAGUCCAAAAUGGGAAACUAUCCUCGACUCUUUGGUGGACGGCAGGAAGGGUCUGGCGCUCAUGAAGAGCAUCUGGAGAGAUGGUGUUAGAGGUUGGUGGGACAGCAGUGAGGAUCCGUCCAUGUGGAAUCAGUUCUCAGAGAACCGCAACGCUCCUGCCCUCCUUCUUCUGACCCAUCUGUACUGCCACUAUCUCCUCUUUACACCCGACGAUGAGUUCUUCUCUCCUUCCCAUAAUCCCUUCACAACCGACGAGGUCCUGCAACUGGCCGUAAUCUGGAGAAAUUUGGCUUUCUGGGGCUACCUGGGCGGCGUUUCAGCUCCCUUGGAAUCCGGGUAUACAAGUCGAGAAAGACAGAAAAAAGAUUUCAAAGGGAGUGAAGAAGCUAGGUCGUUAUUCACCAAGGGUGUGACGCGCGUGGCUGAGAGAAACGCCCGAAACAAGUUCGCUGAUCCUGAGAUCUGGAUGAUGAAUGUCCAAAUGGAUAUGAAAGGCUUUGCGGAGGCAGCAGUGUAUGAAGAUGUCGAAUUGUCUGGUCUCAAUGAUACAGAACCGGAGAUCUCAGACUCCUCCCUUCCCCGCUGGGUGCGUUCCAGGCAACGUUACAGCAAGAGGCAAUUGGCAUACAUAUCUCCUAGGCUGGGUCUGCUCAACAACUUGCCGAUGUCUAUCCCUUUCGAAACGAGGCUGCAAGUCUUCCAGAUGUUUAUCGAAGCGGACAAGACAAAGAUUGGCAUCGACUAUUAUAGCCGACGUCAAAGACUUCCUGCCAAGAUUAGGAGAGAUCACGUUGCGCAAGAUGGCUUUGACGAACUCGCGUCCGCCGGGCCGGCUCUGAAGGGCAGGGUGGAUAUUACGUUCGUGGAUCAGCACGGAAUCACCGAGGCGGGUAUUGAUGGAGGAGGGUUGUAUAAGGAGUUCUUGACCAUGUUGACGAAGGAAGUUUUCGACAGCAAUAGAGGAUUGUGGCUUGUGACCAACCAGAAUGAGCUUUAUCCCAAUCCUCAUCAUUUCGCUUCAGAAUCAUUCAACCUGAGCUGGUAUCGAUUCAUCGGUCAGAUGCUCGGCAAAGCCAUCUACGAUGGCAUCUUGGUCGAUGCUACUUUCGCUGGCUUUUUCCUGGCGAAAUGGCUCGGACGACAGUCUUACCUCGAUGAUCUUGCUUCAUUAGACAAGAGUCUUUACAAGGGUCUUAUCAUCUUGAAGAAUGACCCAAAGCCCGAAGAUAUGGCCCUCACGUUUUCUAUGACUGAGGAAGACUUUGGUGUCCAGAAGCAAGUCGACUUGAUCCCUGGCGGAUCUGAUAUUCCUGUUACUGCAGAUAAUCGACACGAGUAUAUACAGCUGGUCUGCAAAUACAAACUCGACAAACAAAUUGCCGCUCAAAGCAAGGCAUUUUUCCUCGGUCUUUCAGACCUGAUCGAUGCCAAGUGGCUGCGUAUGUUUGAUCAGCAAGAGCUCCAGCAGCUCAUUGGCGGAGAAGAGACCCCAAUCGACCUCAAAGAUCUCCGGGCCCAUUGCCACGUUGACGGGUUUCCCAAUGACACGACGCCUACGCUCUUCUGGAAGGUCGUGGGAAGUUUCACCGAAGAACAGAAGAGAGACCUGCUCCGCUUUGUGACGAGUUGUUCUCGGCCACCUCUUCUUGGGUUCUCGCAGCUUUAUCCUGCGUUUGCAGUCAAGUUUAAUGGAUUGGAUAUGGACCGACUGCCCACUGCAUCGGCUUGCUUCAAUCUCUUGAAGCUUCCUGGCUAUACUAACGAGGCAACUCUCCGAAGUAAGCUAUUGCAAGCCAUCACAUCUGGCGCUGGUUUCGACAUGUCGUGA